UAUAAUCUUAGUUAAUAUUUCCUUACAUAUGAUAUUCCAGUAUUUUGAUACUCACUUAGUUUGACAGAAACUUAACUUACUUUAAAAAUGACUGAAGAGGAAGAAGAAAAUUUCCCACCAGAAAUCCAGAGACUUCCUACUGAAUUUUCAUUUCGUGAACUGACAAACUUGAAAGCUUUUGUAUCAGAAAGCCAACCUGAAUAUGCCACAACACGCACUGGCCUUCUUGCUGUUGCUAACAUCUAUGGAUAUGUCCUUAUUGGAAUGCCUGAUGGCUUGAAGGUGCUGACCUCUGCUGACUUGCUUGAAGCUGGAAAGAAGAAUUUGAAUGUAAUUGACUCAGCUGUUGCGACAAUUGAUCUGAGAAAUCCACCAAACUGGAUUGGAAUAAACUCUGAUAAUCUCACUCUCUCUGUGUGCUGUAAAACUAGUAAAGGACCACAGAUAUUAUUUUUUGAUAUCAGGAAUAUUAUCAACAAGUCAAAACCUACCAAGACUCCAUUUCAUAGUAUAUAUUUGAACAAGGAUCCAAACUCAUAUGUGGUUAGUAUGCAAUGGAAUCCUUCACCUGUUUGGCCAAAUCUCCUUGCUAUUUGCUUGUCAAGCGGAAGUUUUCAUCUGUUGUCAGUCGAAGAUACAGCAACGGAAAUUGCCAUAAGGCCUGAUAAUUUUGGAGCCACAACUGUUUGCUGGAGCCCAAAGGGAAAACAAAUGGUUGUUGGAAAAAAGGAUGGUAAUUUGCUUCAAUUCACUCAGAAACUGGAAGUGAAACGUUCAAUAACGGUAACCAAUGUUAUCGACAGUCCUGUUCGAGCUUGUGACAUCUUGUGGUUGUCAACUCACCAUAUUGCAUCGGCAUACGUGGCAACAGCUGAAGAAGAAGAAGCUCAUCCUAACUUAUUUCUUGCUGACAUACCUUCAAAAACUGAACAUCGUGAUAUCAUUUGGAAGAAUUAUGAAGAUCCUUGCUUUGGCAUGAAUGAAUCUCGAGAUCCACGAUACUUCCUUGAAUUCAUUGACCAAUGGCAAAUGUUCAUCAAUUUAUCAUCAAAUUCUACUGAUACUGCCGUCAUCGCAAAGAAUAAGCAAUCUCAAAUGUGGGAAAUCUGGACGCUUGACGAUUCAUCACGGGCUACAUUGCCUUUCUCUGAAUAUACAGAAGAUGAUCAGGCACCUAUUGGGUCAGCUAUUAUCACUACUGCAACGGAGAGAAUUAUUGUUGACGAUGUGCGUGAAUGUGAGCCAAUGCCUAUAUUCUUAAUAUUAACGAGUGAGGGAUUAUUAUGCAUGUAUCAUAUGAUAAACUUGAUGCCUGAUUAUGAAAGUGUUGUUUCUAUACCCUCAACAUUGGAUAUUACUGGAGAAAGGGCUCCUGUAGGUACAAAGGGAUCUGGUACUGGUGAAGGUGAUAAUAAACCAUCUGGAAGUCAAACAAAACAGAAGUUAUCUGCAAAACCAUCUAUAUCAUCAAUGAGUACUCCUAAGUUGGGAACAAGUUCACUUGAGAACAUACCUACUCCAUCAACAACAACCACAACAAAAAAGUCUUUAUUUUUGGCUUCGACUCCAGCUGUAGGAAAACUUCCACCCUUUACAGAAGGUCCUUCAAUUAUCCAAGGCAGUGCUACGAAACCUCCAAUAAAACCACCAUUAAUGAGAGAAACGUUGCUAAAAGCUUCAGCGUUUGCUCCAGCAAAACACACUGCGCUUGAUGAAACCGUGGACACUGUUUUUGACAGUAGUCGUACAGGAUCGACCGAAACUGUUUUUACAAAAUCUUCAAUGAUGAAGCAACUACCCAAACCACCAAUAGCAAAGCAGAUUCCUCCAGAACCUUAUUUUACCCAGCAACCCAAUCUUAAACCUUCUCAGCCAGCCCCAGCAACCAAGCCUAAUGUUACAAGCGCAACUCAGCCUAAGAUAAAUGAACCUUUCCAUACUGGUCUCGGGCAAAAUAAAACACCACUGAUGAAAACUAAGAGCAUCCUUCCUGGCACUUCUGUAUCAACAUUCCCACCAUCUAAAGUUUUACCAGCAAAAUCAGGGAUCACCCGAACCAUACCAGAACAACAGCCUUCAAAAUCUGGCCUUUCUGGAGUAAGAAAGUCCUCAAGCUUUAGAGGAAGCGAGUCAGAUUUUAAAAUAUCAUUAGACGAUGUCACAAGUUUCGAUAAAGAACUUCUCGAAUUUCAAUCAACAAUUUGUACUUUGGAGGAUGUUCAGGUUACUAUAGGAGGAAAUGACGAAAAAGUUAAAUUACUGAAAGAGAUUGACGAUGCGUCAUCUUUUUCGAAAGAAAUAUCACAAACGGCUAAAGAAUUGAGCAAUGAAAUUCAGGAAUCGACCAUGUCGUUGUCAAGCUUAAUCUCAGAGACAAAAGAUGUCGAAAGAAAACAAAAUCAAGCGACAGUUGGAGCAUACAGAGCAUUAUUGUAUAGAAGACCCUUAGAUAGAACUCAAAGGCAAAAAUUGGAGGCAAUAAGAGGUUUGCAUCAAUAUGUGGUCAGCUGUGUUCGAGAAGCAAAUAUUGCAUUAGAUGCUCAAUGGGAAGAAGCAAAUAAAAGGAAGAAAUCUUUAAUGGGACCUAGAGACAAUAGGAGAGGAAAUUUACAGGGUGGUGAAUGGGAAGCAGCUUAUCAAGGACUUGUUAAUAAUAUGAAGAUCCUACAUAACCAAGAGAUGAAAAUCAUGUUGCUAAGCCAACAACUUGAUAGAUUACGAUUAGAAAAAACAUCAACCAGGUCAUCGUCAAGAAAUCGAGAUACGACUUCUUCAAAAGUGAAAUCUGGCACUGACUUGCAAAUGUUGGCAGAUUCAUUGCUUUUGCAUAGAGAACCGACCACACCUUCAGCACAGAAGUCUGACACAGUUGAUGUAAUGAAAACAUCUAAGCAAACUAAAACUAAAAUGUCUCCUAAAAAGCAAGCACAAUUGGGACAAAUGUUGGCGAAUAGGAGAGUAACUCCAGUCAGAAGCUCAAGUAAGUUCCCUAGUCAAGUUUUGAGACCAGCCAGUAAGAGUUCAAAGAACAAGGAAAAAGCGCAAAGUAGAUCGGGAUCAGAAUCUCAAUCCGAUAGACCCAGUUCACCCAGAGCUGAAGAAGAGUCUCCAUAUGAAAGCGAAAGUGGAACACCAGAUUCAAUGUCAUCGUCAGCACCUUCAUCUGUUGGAGGUUUUACAUUUGGAACCAAUGCCGACUCUGCAAAAACAGAUAUGGCAUUCGCUCAUAGAAAACCAGAAAUUUAUUCAUCAAUGCCAGGGACAACAGCCCCAUCAAUGAUUCCACAAGGAUCAGCAACACUAGCUUAUGGAGCUCCAAAGACUGUUUCUGCUGAAACAAAGCGAAGAGAAUUAUCAAACUUUCCAACAUCUGGAAAUAUGGAAGCAGCGUCAAAUCUCAACAACCCACCGCAAGUUGUCAACAUUCAAAAACUUCAAGAACAAGCUUUGGUUCAGCCAAGACUGCCGGAUAAAUUUCAACCAAAACCUGAAGUUCCAGCAGGGGCAGUUGAAGUUGUACAAACUGUUUUGAAUACAGUUAAAGCAGAACAAGAACAGAAACCUAAGACAUGGAAUUUUGAACCAGAUAAAGCACCACCAUCUUUUCUGUCUACUGCUGGUCGGCCUGAAACUGCUGGUGCAUUUGCUAUUGGGAAGUCUGCAAGCGACGGUGGUAAACUAUUCAAGAGUGGUUUUAAUUUAGCGCCGACAGCUGCUGUGGGAUCAGUACCUUCAUUGCUAACUGGACACACGACUCUCGGUCCAAAAACGUCUAGUCCGGCAUCCUUUGGUGCAACAGCGGCAUCUGAAAAUAUAGAAGAAAAGAAAAGUAGUGACGCCGCACUGCUAAGACAAAACUUGUUUUCGACUGAUGCUGCCAUCUCAUCUUUGGAAACUAAAAAUAUUUUUGGAUCAGUCAAGCAACAGGCACCGAUGCGAUCAUCGUCAGCAACUGCAAUAUUUUCGAGAGAAAACAAGGAUCCCUCUAGUUCAGGAUCAAAACCGUCUACUUCCGUUCCAACUAACUCGGUCCAGCCCAAUAUAUUCAGUGAUGACAAAAAAGCUGCUUCUCCGUUUACAGGAUUGUUUAAAACACCUUCAUCCACUACCCCUUUCGGAGGAUUUGCGGCACAAACAGCUUCUGGUGAUAAUCAAAAACAAGGUGAUUCUGGCUCGUCACCUAGUUCACCUGGUUUAACAUUUUCACUCAAAACCACUCCUGAUGUUUCCACCGCUUCACCGACCAUCACUGUCACUGUAAGCAGUCAAGGUCCAUCAUUGACCAGCUUUACUAAUACACCUAGCGCCACUCCACCACCUAGUAUGUCGGCUUUGUCUAUUGCACCUAGUAAUAAUACAGAUACUACAGCAGCAACUACGCCUGCAAGCGAUGCUAGUAUUACAAGCACUGAUGCAAGCGCUAGUGCAACAAUAUCCCACGCCAGGUCUAGUAGCUCUCCUCAUCAAUCGAAAACAGAUUCAAAACAAUCUACAGGUUUAUUCGGUGGAAUCACAAAAACAGGAUCCGGUUCAACAGGAAACAUUUCCGAGGCCAGUACUGGUUUCCUGAGAUCUAACACAGAUGCUCCUACUUCAUCUACCAGCUUUGCACCUUCAACUGCCACCAUUACCGGCAGUGGUGACACAAACGCAGCAACAGCUCAGUCAGUUUUUGGUUCAGGUGCUACUUCUUCUACAAGUGUAUUUGGAAAUGUGGGAACAGCUGGUAACAACACUCAGUCUUCCAUUUCAUUAACUGCUUUUGGAAAAUCUCCGAGUUCUGAUCAACGUGCCACUACUGUAUCAACAACAUCAACUGAAGCAUCUGUGUUUGGGACUGUGACAGCAACCAGCUCAACUGAAAACACCACCACUCCGAGUGCUUCUGAAUCUGUAAAUGUGUCAUCUGCACCAGCUACAACCACAUCGGUGUUUGGGGCAAGUACAUCCGCGACUUCGGUUUUUGGAAAUGUCUCUACUGCAACGCCUGCCUUUGGUUCUGCCUCUUCUGUGCCAGCUUUUGGUGGUGCCACUACAGCUCCACCAGGUUUUGGAUCUACUACUACUGCUUUUGGGUCUGUCACUUCCAGUGGUGAGACUGCCACAGGUGCACCUGGUUUUGGUGCGACUGCGACACCUGGCUUUGGGACAACAACAGCUCCACCUGCUUUUGGAUCUUCCACUGCCUUUGGGGCUACUGCAACUCCACCUGCGUUUGGAGCUACUACUACUCCGUCUGCAUUUGGAGCCACCACUACUCCGUCUCCUUUUGGGGUCGCCACAACUGCUUCUGCAUUUGGAGCCACCACCACUCCAUCUGUGUUCGGAGCCACCACUGCUGUGUCUGCAUUUGGGGCCGCCACCCCUUCGACUGCAUUUGGAGCCGCUACCACUCCUUCUGUAUUUGGGGCUGCUGCCGCACCAUCUGUUUUUGGAGCAGCUACAACAGCCAGUGUGUUUGGAACUGCUUCUAGUACUGGACCAUUUGGAGGGUUUGGUGCAGCGACUCAGGACAAAUCAGUUUUCGGGGCUUCUGCAUUUGGGCAAAAGAAGACAACAGCAUUUGGCCAAACUCCGUUUGGUGGUGGAUUUGCAAGUACACAACCAACCAGCACAUCUCGAUCAAGUCCUUUUGGAGGAGGGUUUUUAUCUGGCAUCGGUGGACAACCUGGUACAGAUGCUGCCAAUAAAAAUCCGUUUCAGAUUGGUGGAAAUGCAGAACAAGGGGAUAAUUCAUCAACUUCUUUGUUUGGGAAUUCUGGAGCAAAAUCGUUUCAAGCAACUGGGCAAAAUCAACAACAACAGAGUGCAUUUGGAUUCAGUAGUCCAUCUGCUGGGGUUGGAGCACAAGGAUUUGGCGGUUUCAAUAAACCUCAGCAAUCAGGUUUUGGAGCUGCUCCUGCUUUUGGAUCUUCUGCUACAUUUGGUUCUCCUCCAGCUUUCGGCUCUACCUCUGGUGGAAGCACAUUUGGAGGUGGAUUUGGUUCACAGCCUGCUUCAACUGGUGGAUCUUUUGGACAAACUGCCAGUGGUGGUUUUUCAUCCUUUGCCAGUAGUGAAACUCCCGGUUUUGGUAAUCUUGCGAAUCAAUCUGGAGGAUUUGGAAGUCCACAGCAACAGCAGCCAAGUGGCUUUGGCGGGUUUGGAUCGAACACACAAAAAAGCCCUUCUUUCAGCGGCUGGAGAUAAAUGAUCAAUGGAAAUAUGUUCAUUAUUUCCCUUGAUGCUGAAUUAUGCCUUGUUAAUGAUGUCACUGGCUCUGAAGUCGAUUUUCACAACCCCUGUUACUAUUGCUCUCAAACCUGAUUGCUACUUUAUUAAAAUGACGAUAAAAUAAUGAGAAACUGUUAAUUUUUUAGAAUGCUAUUCAUUUGUAUUUGCUGUAAUUUGUUUCGUUAAAAACAAUAACUUAAUAUUGUUGGCUGAAUUAAGAUUCAAAUAAAUAUCAUCGGAAAAUGA